UGCAUAAUUGUUUCUUUCGUGCGGUCCGGUCAAUAUCCCGGCAGUCACAGUUCUUCACUGCUUGGAGACUGGCAUCGGAUCAAUGUAGCAAUCACAAGAGCCAAGAAGGAGUUGAUCAUGGUGGGUUCGUGCAGAACACUGUUAAAGGUGCCAUUGCUGAAGCUUCUGGUGGAGAAUGUCGAAGAGCAAGCCGGCAUUUUUGAAUAUGAGCAACAAUAAUAUAAAACUGCAAGAACUGGAAAAGCUGGGAUAAGGC